CUGGAGGUUGACGGACGGAUGGGGGAUAUGCGGUGUGUUAAGAUGAAAAACCGCUGGCUUCGAAUCCUGGUGGUGGUCUCUGUGUGUGCCUCACUUGCCAGCCAUGUUGACGCAGCCAACCUGUUGGUUUUCUUCCCGCUCCCAGCCAGAAGUCACUGGUUUGCUCUGAGGCCACUCAUCGCAGAGCUUUCCAACAGAGGCCACAACAUCACAUUAGUGAUAUCUGAAGUGGAGAAGGACCUCCCUGACAACUGGGAAAUCAUAAGAGUUCCAGUGAUACUUCCACCAACCGAUGGGAAUCGAAAUGCAUUCCAGACACAAAGUGCCAUGGUAAACGGUUGGGUGAUAUAUACCUUCUUGAGCUACAUGGGUUCAGAGAUGUGUGAGAAAUACUUGCAGCAUGAAGUCUUCCAAAAUCUGAUACACACAAAAGGAAGGAAAUUCGACCUCCUUCUCAUGGAAUUCUUCAUGAAUGAAUGCCUAAUAGCCUACUCUCACAAAUUCAAUGUUCCUGUGGUUGCUCUAUCUUCUUUUGGUGGAUUUCCCAUGACAACCGAUAUAGUUGGCGACCCAUAUAUGCCAUCAUAUGUUCCUGACACUAUGUUUGAGUAUACAGACCAGAUGACCUUCUGGCAACGACUAAAGAACGCUUUGUUAGUGACGUACGCAAGAUGCAUUUACCGUCAUUGGUACUAUCCGAAACUUGAUAAAAUCGUUCACAAGUAUUUCAAUGAUCCAACGAUGCCAAGUGUAUCAACCUUGCUGACCAACACGUCUCUGGUGAUCCUUCAGAGUCACGUCAGCUUCAGUUACCCUCGACCCCAUGUGCCCAACGUGAUUGAGACCGGAGGAAUGCAUAUCCAACAACCACAGGCGCUACCAAAGGAUCUGAAGAAACUAAUGGACGCCGCAGAGGACGGCAUCAUAUUUUUCAGUAUGGGUUCUGCUGUAAAGAGCUCAGAUUUUCCCGAGGAGAAGCUCCAGGCCUUUAUAGGCGCGUUCUCCAGGCUGAAACAACUCGUCCUCUGGAAGUGGGAGAAUGACACGAUGCCUGGAAAACCACCGAAUGUACAUCUGAGCAAAUGGUUUCCGCAGUCUGAUUUGUUAGCCCACAAGAACAUGAGACUGUUCAUGUCUCACGGAGGACUGCAGAGCACUCUGGAAGCGACGGCUCGGGGAGUUCCGCUGAUAGGGAUGCCAGUAAUGGCUGAGCAACGUUACAACGUCCAGAGGGUCGUCAAGCACGGUUACGGGAUCAGGCUGGAUCUCACCAACGUAACUGCCCAGUCUGUGGAGUGGGCUGUUUACGAAGUUUUAAAUAACCCAAAAUACCGCGAGAAGGCGGAGCAGCGGUCCCGCCUGUUCUGGGACCGCCCAGAGAGCCCUGUGGAGACGGCAGUCCACUGGACAGAGUACGUGUUGAGGCACCGGGGCGCCCCCCACCUGCGCAGCGCCGCCCUCCACCUCAGCUGGUACCAGUACCUCCUGCUGGACGUCGCUGCCCUGCUGCUGUCUGGAGCGCUCCUGGUUCUCACAAUCGCUGUCGUGGCAGUCAGGACACUCUACAGGCUAAUCACAGCAAAGACGUCUCCACCACAUGAACAAAAGAGAAAGAAGACCACGAAAAAAGAAUGAAGAAGAUAUGAGAAGCUAGCUGCGCUGUACAUGAAAGAUUUGAAACUGAACCCAAGUGAUUGACAGUGCAAUGGCAUCACGUUCACCACGGAUUGCCUGACAUAUGAUAAUUAGUGUUGCCUCGGAUCGCAUCGAUUUUUGUCCUGUCCUAUCCGACAAGUUGUAUUACAGUCUGAACGAUAUUCUGCAGCUACAGUGCUGAUAUCUCUACUUACUAGUCAUUCCUAAGAAUGGUGCCUAUUACCAGAUGGGAAGCAAUGGACUUUUCCAGCCAAUGGGGCGUUUAACUGCUUUAUUCUGACAUUAACUGUAGCAUAAAUAAGAUACAG